AACUAAAUGCUAGCAGAUUCAAUGUCUAAACCUAUCUCAACUGAUUUUUUUUCUACAAUUAUCAUUCUGUGUGUUUUCCAUAAGGUAUGCUUUUUCUCUAAGCACUCUGUUAGGUUUAUGUAAUCAUUUGUAGGUAGAUUAAGCAGGAAUAUUUAUAUAAACAGAAGAUUUUAAAUUUAUCGUGUUGUUUCUUUUAAAAUACAAAAUUAUUCAGUUACUAAGAAUGGCCAAUAAUCACACAGUCACGAGACUCCUUCAAGUACAUGAGGAGGCAGCGCCAGCAGUGCACAUACCCAUUCUGGUGGGUAAUGAAGUGUUUGUGGUUGUACAGCAGGACAUCAGGCGGACGGAGGACAUACGUAAAUUGAGCUACACUCAAGUGCUUCCCAAUCCACCCAAUCAUCCCUUUCUGCCCAUUUUCAAUCAACUUAAUGCUAAUGCUUUUGGCAGUAGCGCACCAGUUACUCAGCUUUCCGCACUGCAAGCAUUACUUUUGGCCGGCCAGGCACAGAAUGCUUCCACUUUUCCAACUAGUCCACCUUGUCCGGACAUUGAAAUGGAAUCAAACCCCACGAAAACAGUGGCUGACGUGUCUAACCAACUGCAUUGGUCCAAACAGCCCAAGUGCACUUCACCUUAUCCGAUCAAUUACAGCACUUCAACAUCGACCAGUGGACUCCUAGACUUCAAGCCGAUCAAACGCAGCCAGAGGCGGAGUGCAGAUAAAAGAGAUGGUAGUUGCCAAACGUGGACAAAGUCCACUGCAACGGACGCAGGGUCACAAACCACUCCGCAGCCAACUACCACGGUGGAAGUAAACAAUGUAAAAAAAACUCAAUCCAGUGGAUGCCUGCCGUCCAGCCCCAACACACAACUGAAGGAGAAAACAUCGGAGAAAUCUCUGUCCAAGCGACGCAGCUUAUGCAAAGUCAUGUUCAAAUCCAAAACGCAAAUACCUAAGGAGACCUCCAAAGAGACGAAGGAAAAAGACCUCAAAUUGAAAGAGGUUCUGGACAAGGACAAGACGAAGGUGAAGGAUACGAAAUAACAAUCGUAUAACAUCAGCGUUGGCCACACGAAACAAGGUUUUAGAUUUUAGAAUUUGGCCUUAUCUGAAUUUUAUGUCUUCGUUUCUUUAGAUCAGUUGGCUUAGUUACGGUCCCCUUUUUCUUCUUCUUCUUUUGCGGCUUGUCGACAUCCGGCUCACUCUGGUCAUCGAAAUAACGCUUGGGCUUGUUGUGACUGCGCUGCUCACGCUUCAAUUGUUCUGGCGUGCAGAUGCGCAGAUAAAAGUCCUUCAGCAGCAACUUGAAAUCCUCGACCAACGUAUCCCUCACCACUUGGACUUUCCCUACAGAGCAGGGCGUGCAUGCUUGCAGCUCAUUCACCUUGAACGGUUUGGGUGCAAAUUCAGAGGCAGGUCGCCACACAAUGGCCAGCUCUUUGCCGCCAUGAGGAUUAUAAAAGAAGGCAGCGUAUUCGGAAUAAGCAGACUGAAAGAGAACAAAUAAAAUAUUGCUUAAGAAAGGUUGUUUCUAA